UUCCGUAGGCAAUAUGAAAAGCAGACAAAAAGGACGGUCAUAUGAAAAGGAAUGGCUGGACUGCCGGUUAAACAUCAUCACGCCUGCAAAUAUGUCAAAUCGCACUGUAAUAGUGCUUGUCGGACGGAACGGAGGGAGAAGCAGAGUCGUGAAAUGACCGAAAAUGGACAGAUCCAAAAAGACCCUAGACUUUACGACAUCAUUAUUAAAUCGCGACAAAUGCCGCCCAAAAGUUGCCGUCAGUUACGUCAGAAAGCUGGCCGACCUUUUCCAUGGGAAUUCGGGAAAGAAAGGCCGGGAAAUCUGUGGUAUGUCGUUUUUAGGGUUUCAGACGAGAGUAUAUUUCUGAAUUUGCGGCAAUUGAGGCCGGGCAAUCUGUGGCGUGUCUGUACAUGCCGUUUAAAGGGCUUCAGACGAGAGUAUAUUUCUGAAUUCGCGUCAAUUGAGGCCGGGAAAUCUCAGGGUUCUGUCAAAUUCAACAAAGUUUUUUCGAUUUCUUUAUUUAUUUUUUUUGUUUUUUUUUUUGGAAAGGUUUAUGUCAAAUUCAACUAA